AUGGAGUUUGAUACUAAGAUUCCCAAGUCCGUCACAAGCGACCCCCUCUCCUUUGCCAGCGAAUCUGUUCGCAAGAGGUGGCCCGUGAUUCUGACCGGUACCGUCGACGACAUCUACAAGACCAUCUCCCAGACCGACGAUGCGGAGAAGCAGGACGAGGGCAAGAGAAUCGUCGAGAAGCUCGGCGCCCUCAAGUACGAGGUCGAGCACAACAAGCCCCUGACGCCCAUUGUCGACGAUGGCUUCACCGACGAGGUCGCCGAGUACAACAAGGAGGUGGCCGCCCUCGGCAACCCGCCCACCUGGCACGACGUCCCCUGGCUGUUUUCCGAAUGUUACAUGUAUCGUCGCAUAAGCACAUUCUUCUCCACCACGAAGCACUGGAAGGAAUACGACCUCUUUUAUCGCCAAAAGAUGGACACGUUUCGCACCUCGCGCAAUGCCGUCCUCGAGCUCGCCGCCCGUUACAAGGAAUUCGUCACAGAACUGCAAAGCAACACGGACGCCACCCACAACGCCGACGCUGAGCAGAUACUUUUUACCGAAAUGUUCGAGGUCUGCCUCUGGGGCAACGCCACUGACCUCUCCCUCCUCACCAACAUGACGUACGAGGACAUUCAGAAGCUGCAGGGCAGCGAGGCCCGCAAGGCCGCUGAGAAGAACAUCAUCGCCAACGACCUGCCCCAGGUCUACGAGUCGCUCCGCCAGGCCCGCGCCGCCGGAAAGACUGAGCGCCGCGUCGACUUUGUCCUCGACAAUGCCGGCUUUGAGCUCUGGGUCGACCUCGUGCUCGGCGGCUUCCUGUUGGCGUCAGGUCUGGCUACCCAGAUUGUGUUGCGCCCCAAGUCUAUUCCAUGGUUCGUCUCGGACGUGCUGCCUGCCGACUUUAGUGGCCUCCUCAACGCCAUACAGGACCCGCGCGCCUUUUUCGAGACGCCCUCGGACGACGACAAGCUGCAGGGCAAGACGCCGGUCCCGCUCUCCGACAAGGAGGUGGCGGAUCUUGAGUUUGUCUUCAAGCACUGGACAGAAGCGCACGCCGAGGGCCAGCUCAUCAUGCGCCCCGACCGCUACUGGACUACUGGUGGUAGCUUCUGGCGUCUGCCGCACGAGAGACCUGAUUUGCUUGAGGAUCUCAAGGAAGCUGAGCUUGUCAUCUUCAAGGGUGAUCUCAACUACCGCAAGUUGACUGGUGAUGCUUGGUGGGACGCCACCACACCCUACACUGAGGCCAUCGGUCCCAUGGGCCCGGCAUCGGGUGCCAACAUCAUGUCACUUCGCACCGUCAAGGCUGAUGUUGUCGUCGGCCUGCCCGCCGGAAAAGACGAGGAGCUCAAGGCCACGCCCGACGGCGGUGGCAACACAGGUGCCCGUAAAUGGGGCUGGCGCGGCAAGUGGGCUGUUAUAUCAUUCUCCAAGGGCCAUUGA